GCUUUGCAUUCUUCCUGUUGCAUCUGAGUGCCACCUCCACCAGCAACAUGAGCCGCCAAUUCAAUUGCAAACCAGGAGUCUAUGGCAAGGGAGGCUUCAGUGGCUGUUCAGCUGUGCUCUCUGGGGUUACCGGCAGCAAACUGGGUAGUUCAUCCUCUUACCAGGCAAGAAGCAAAGGGCUUGGGGGAAACUUUGGCAGUCGAAGCCUCUACAGCCUGCGAGGGACCCGGAGUAUCUCAUUCAACGUGGCUGGUGGAAAUGGAUUGAAUGGGACCUAUGGUUUGAGCAGGGGCCGGCCAAGUGGCUUUGCUGGGAGCAUGUUUGGCAGUGUGGCCCUGGGACCUGUGUGCCCAUCAGUGUGCCCACCCGGGGGCAUUCACCAGGUGACUGUUAAUGAGAACCUCUUGGCUCCACUCAAUGUGGAGCUGGACCCUGAGAUCCAGAGAGUAAGAACCCAGGAACGGGAGCAGAUGAAAGCUCUCAACAACAAGUUCGCCUCUUUCAUCGACAAGGUACGGUUCCUAGAACAACAGAACCAGGUGCUAGAGACCAAGUGGAACCUGCUGCAGCAGUUGGACCUGAGCAAUUGCAAGAACAACCUGGAGCCCAUUUAUGAAGGUCACAUCAGCAACCUGAGAAGGCAGCUGGAGACCCUGUCAGGGGACAGGGUGAGACUGGACUCAGAGCUAAGGAACUUGAGGGAUGUUGUAGAAGACUUCAAGAAAAGGUAUGAGGAAGAGAUCAACAGGAGAACAGCAACAGAAAAUGAAUUUGUACUGCUCAAGAAGGAUGUGGAUGCUGCUUACACGAAUAAGGUAGAGCUGCAAGCCAAAGUAGACUCACUGGACCAAGAGACCAAGUUCCUGAAGUGUCUGCAUGAUGCGGAGAUUGCUCAGAUCCAGUCCCACAUCAGUGACACAUCUGUCAUCCUCUCCAUGGACAAUAACCGAGACCUGAACUUGGAUAGCAUCAUCGAUGAAGUCAGAGACAAGUAUGAGGAGAUUGCCAUGAAAAGCAAGACUGAUGCUGAGAACUUGUACCAGACCAAGUUCCAGGAACUGCAGUUGGCGGCUGGCCGGCACGGGGACGACCUCAAACAAACCAAGAAUGAAAUCUCAGAACUGAGCCGGCUCAUCCAGAGGCUUCGCUCAGAGAUUGAGAAUGUGAAGAAGCAGUGUGCCAACCUGGAGUUGGCUAUUGCUGAUGCUGAACAACGAGGAGACAGUGCCCUGAAAGAUGCCCGGGCCAAAUUGGAGGAGCUGGAGGGUGUCCUGCACACUUCCAAGGAGGAGCUGGCCCGCCUGAUGAGGGAAUACCAGGAGCUGAUGAGUGUUAAGCUGUCCCUUGAUGUUGAGAUUGCCACCUACAAGAAGCUACUGGAAAGCGAAGAGUGCAGAAUGUCUGGAGAAUUCCCAUCCUCUGUCAGCAUUUCUGUCAUCAGCAGUACCAGUGGAAGCAGUGGUUAUGGCUACCGGCCAAGCUCUGUCAGUGGAGGCUACUUAGCUAACAGUGCAUCCUGUAUUUCUGGAGUCUGCAGCACACGAGCCAGGGAUGGCAAGAACCAGGGUUCCAGUGUCGGGGACUAUAAGGAUGCCCUGAGCAAAUCCUCUACCCUGGCUUCUCCCAUCAGGAAAACUAGCCGAUAGAUGCUCUGCAACAUGUUCUCCUGUUGACUGUCUUCACUGGUCACCACAGCUCCAGCCCUCCAAGUCACACAUCUCUGCCCUAAACUGCUAGUCCUGGGACACCGCCAGCCAAAAUUCUUUUGUUUUCCCAAGCCCUCAGCCUUCUCUCAAUCUGCCUGGUCCUGGGGCAACACUGGAUUCCUAAACUACUUCCUUUACAUCUUGACCCGCCCCCCCCCAUUUCUUUUAUAUCCCUUCCGGUCCAUGGCCACGCCCACACCAGCCACACCCUGAACCCACUCCAUGUCCCUUCAUUAGCUCUUCCCGUCUUUCUUUCACUACUUUGACUUUCUAUCAUAUCCCAAUAAACAGCAAAUCAAUAUGA